GUUGCGCCUUUGUGGGCGUGGCCUGGUCGCCAUCACUGAGAGCGAGAGGAGCGGUAGGCCCAAGGCCUCUUCGCAGCUGAAGUCCCCGGCGCUUGGUAACGCGAUAAGCUGGUAACCCUGGUAACGUAGUCUGUUAACUUGGUAACGUAGUCUGUGUUAACCUGGUAACGCGAUCUCCAUGUUAACCUGGUAACCCUGGUAACGUAGUCUGUGUUAACCUGGUAACGUAGUCUGUGUUAACCUGGUAACGCGAUCUCCGUGUUAACCUGGUAACGCGAUCUCUUAAUCUGGUAACGUAGUCUGUGUUAACCUGGUAACGUAGUCUGUGUUAACCUGGUAACGUAGUCUGUGUUAACCCGGUAACGCGAUCUCUGUGUUAACCUGGUAACGCGAUCUCUGUUAACCUGGUAACGUAGUCUGUGUUAUCCUGGUAACGCGAUCUCUGUGUUAACCUGGUGACGCUAGCUCUGUGUUAACCUGGUAACGUGAUCUCUGUGUUAACCUGGUAACGCGAUCUCUGUGUUAACCUGGUAACGCGAUCUUUGUGUUAACCUAGUAACGCGAUCUCUGUGUUAACCUGGUAACGUGAUCUUUGUUAACCUGGUAACGCGAUCUUUGUUAACCUGGUAACGUAGUCUGUGUUAACCUGGUAAUGCGAUCUCUGUUAUCCUGGUAACGCGAUCUCUGUUAACCUGGUAACGUAGUCUGUGUUAUCCUGGUAACGCGAUCUCUGUGUUAACCUGGUGACGCUAGCUCUGUGUUAACCUGGUAACGCGAUCUCUGUGUUAACCUGGUAACGCGAUCUCUGUGUUAACCUAGUAACGCGAUCUCUGUGUUAACCUGGUAACGUGAUCUUUGUUAACCUGGUAACGCGAUCUCUGUGUUAACUUGGUAACGCUAGCUCUGUGUUAACCUGGUAACGCGAUCUCUGUGUUAACUUGGUAACGCGAUCUAUGUGUUAACCUGGUAAAGCGAUCUCUGUGUUAACUUGGUAACGUAGUCUGUGUUAACCUGGUAAGGCGAUCUCUGUGUAAACCUGGUAACGUAGAGUCUCUGUUAAAAUGGUAACUUGAGGUCUCUGUGUUAACAUGAUAAUCUGGACUCUGUGUUAACCUGCUGACGGAGGGUCGCUAAAUAUAAUAAAAGUGAGUUAUCUGUGUUAACAUGGCAACGUUGGGUCUCUUUUAACCUGCUAACGUAGGGUCUCUGUCAAUAUAAUAGCGUGUGAUAUCGUUAACAUGGUAACGUGAUGUAUCCUUACUGAUAACGUCGCUUCUCUGUUAACCUGGUUACGCACACCUCUCGUGUCAUCAAUCUGGUAACGCAUUCUCCGUGUCGACCUGGUAACGCAUUCUAUGUUAUCUUGGUAACACGGCACAUUAGUCAUACUCAUCGACAUGGCUUCAACUCAUAGCCUCGCCCCCUUAAUGUCGUGGGGGUCACUUACAACAGCCUGUUUCUUGCUUAGCACUCGGAAUCAAGGUGUCCAUGUCUUAUGUUUACAGGGACAUGAGGUGGUUUAUCAUCUCACUGUUUUCGCAGGGGUUUGAUACGGAGACAGUCCUUACCACCCAAGCCAGCUGAAGUUAUAAACCUGAGAAUUCACUUGGGGAAUGCGAGGUGCGAGCGGUGACCAGGAAGCCAGUGACUGAGCGAUGGCGGCAGCAGUGGCGGUGGCGGCGGCGGUGGGGGGGUCUGUGAACCCGCGGCACGACUUCCCCGCAUGGCUUGCGGCUCAAGGCAUGAGCAUGAGCGUGGCGGAGGCGGUGAAUCGCGAGCUCGGCAUCGGCGACUACGAGGCGCUGCUGGCGUGCGCCGAGCACUCGCACGUGCGUGCCGAGCUGUUCGCCGCCGCGCGCGAACGCUUGCCCUUCGCCUUCUACGCCGUGUUGCGCCGCGUGGCCGAGGCGUCUGCCCCCACGUGCCGGGACGGCGGUGGCGGCGUCGUGCCGGGCUCGCCGGGUGGUCAAGUGUCGGCGGUGCGGCCGUUCCUGAGCGGCCUCCUGGACGCCAUCGUGGUGAUGCUCAACAGUCUGAGCCAGGAGCUUCUGCAGUCGGCGGAGCGGUUCACCCGCCUGGAGCCGGCGCUGUACGGCGGCACGCUGGACGACGGCGGAGCGGGGGACGGCGUUACCGUGCAGGAUAACGCUGGCUCAGAAGCGGGAGAUGGUUCGGCCUACGACGGGGCCCACGACGGGGACCACGACGGGGACCACGACGGGCCCCACGACGGGCCCCACGACGGGGCCCACGACUUGACUGAAGCCUCGGGGGAACUGCAGGAGAACUCCGACGCGCAGGACAACAACAGCCUCUGGGAGACGACGAACAUCAAGACGGAGCAAGCGUACGAAGAGCUGGAAGACUGGCACGUGGAGGGAGACACCGGGGUGGGAGAAGAGAGCGACGACGGUGAAGCCAACUGGGACGUGGACGUGAAGGCGGACGACAUGAAGAACGCCGGCAACGCGUGUGACUUGAAAAAAGAGGGCAGCGAGCCCCUGCGCCACGCGGCCGACGGGGGGACCCCUCCACACGGCCCGGCGAGGAAGGCCCCGGCACCCCGGGGGUUCCCGGCGUGGCGGCCGUUCGCCGGCGCCGCGGGGGAGGGAGGGAGCGGCCGUGCGGGCGUGCGCCAGCGCGCCUCGGCUAACGGCUCGGAGUCGCGGACCGUGGGGGGCGGCGGAGGCGGCAGCGGCGACGACGGAGCGGCGCUCGGAUGGCUCCCGUGCGAGCGGCGGGAGCUGCACGCGUGCCCGAGCGCGCGCAGCCUGUCGGCGUCCGGCAACGCGAGCCAGCAGCGAUCCGCCGAGUGGGCGGAGCCCCGGGGCUGGUACGGCUUCACCUACUCCCAGCUGCCGGGCCCCGCCGGCGCCCAGUUCAGCGCGGGGGACCUGGAGCCGCAUGGCACGCGGGGGGGGGCGGCGCCGACCCCCUCGCACCCCACGCGCGGCGACGCGGCCGGCGGCGGUGGCAGCCGGGCGAAGAAGGCGGCAGCGACGGCGCAGCAUGGCGGGCGGUGCGGGCAGCUGCAGUGCCACGUGUGCCGGGCUAGCUUCCGCUACCAGUGCUUGCUGGCGUUGCACAUGCGCAAGCACACGGGCGAGAAGCCCUUCUCCUGCGAGCUGUGCGGCAAGACCUUCUCGCUGUCGCACAACCUGUCGCGGCACAAGCGUAUCCACCGCGGCGAGACGUUCGCGUGCGAGGUGUGCGGCAAGCACUUCUCGCGCUUCUACAUGCUGGCGCACCACAAGAAGGAGAUGCACACCCUGAAGCCUCUGGGGGAGGCCGCUGGGGAGGAGCAGCACGGAGUGUUCGAGGGAUGAGCCGCCGCUUUGCCGCGCUCUUUUCGCUGGGAUUUUCGACCGCGGUCCAGGCCGCGGCAACGCGGAGGCCCGCACCGUGGUAGGGCGCAUUAAGAGUUGUUGCUCCGAGCCGGUGACUUUGAUCCGGUGAACUGUAGUCGCGCUGGGAGCUGCUUUGGUGCAGAGAGGUCAUCUUUUUAAUUCCUUUUUUCAUAGGUUUGUCAUUUAGACUUUUUGCUCGGGUCGUGUUUUCGUGAGGCAGAGUCGGAAGGUGACGUGGAAGUGCUCGCGGUCAGCGUCGUUGGUAAACGUUCACCGAGCUUGCAUCACGGCCUUCGCCGCUGGGGGCAAACUAUCUGCCGUGGCGGACGUUACGUGCCGAAUUAAUGUGUUUUUUUUAUCGAUCGCAGUUGGCGGCGUGAAAGGGAAAUUGCCACUUCCAACAUAACAAGAGUCUGUCUGUCUGUGGACACGAUGAAGUAUUGGCCAAUGUAUGAGCUGUGUGACCGGUAGGAGACAGCAAAUGACAAGGAUUUAUCCCCAUUCAUAAACCAAAUAAAUGACCGCACCGAGUUUGCCACGAUCUCUACAGCAAGGAUCGAGCGAGACGACUCCGGUCGCUGCCGCGUGCGCAAUGGCGGCGGCAAUGGCGGCGGCAAUGGCGGCGUCUUUCACGGACUCGGGGAACGAUGGAGAGGGUGCGCGUUUUGUGUUUUUGACCGAGCGGUCUGCGAAAUUUUGUUUCUGUCGUUGCAAUAAGCACAGCGAGUGAAAACCAAACAAACCGUGGUGCAUGCAAGCUUAAUGUCCGUGGGUGCCAAGAAAUCUUUUAUAUUAUGUUCCACACACGCACGCACGCGCGCGCGCCACGUUGUGAUGAUGCGAGGGGCACGACGUUAGACGCAAGGGUUUGUGAAGCCUGUGCUCGUCCAGGGCUCGUAGAAACGCUGGAGUCCAGGGGGUGAAUGUAGUGAAUCGAAAUCCCGCGGUGUAUGUGUGUGUGUAUAGUCGGUGAUGAAGCGGUGAGGGUGGCAGCCGCUGCUUGUUGCUUACACACUUGUCUGCCAUGCAAAUAUAACUUGAGGGAUGCAAACAUG